AUGGGCAGGGAACUAGGGAGGGGACAAUUUGGGAUCACCCGCCAGUGCAUUGAACGCAAGACGGGCACUGUGCAUGCGUGCAAGCUAAUUGCAAAGUCAAGGCUGCAGCCGAAUGAUUACAUCCUGAGGGAGGUGCAGAUUAUGCAUCAUCUGGUGGGCCAUCCGCAUGUGGUCAAAAUUCAGGGUGCGUACGAAGACCCCCGCCGCGUGUACAUCGUCAUGGAGCUCUGCACGGGGGGAGAGCUGUUCGAUCGUAUCGUCGCCAACGGUCGCUUCAGCGAGAAAGCCGCUGCUGCUCAGAUCGCUGACAUUGUCGGAGUCGUCCAGCACUGCCACCAACUAGGCGUGAUGCACUUGGACCUGAAGCCGGAAAACUUUCUGCUCGCGAGCGAGGACCACGACGCGCUGCUCAAAGUGACCGACUUUGGGCUCUCGCGCUUCUUCAAAGUUGGCGAGGUUUACACCGAGGAAGUCGGGUCGCUCAUAUACAAGGCUCCGGAGGUGCUGCGGUGUCGGUACGGCCCCGAAGCGGACGUCUGGAGCGCGGGCGUGAUCUUGUACAUUCUUCUGUGCGGCUACCCGCCGUUUAAAGGCGAAAAUGACAACGCCACCCGCGAGUUGAUCAAGCGCGGCCCCCUCAACUUCGACGUCGCCCCCUGGCCCGAAAUCUCCGAGAGCGCUAAGGACCUCGUCUCGCACAUGCUCGACCGAGAACCCCGCCGCCGCUUCACCGCGAGCGAAGUCCUCAACCACCCGUGGAUAGCGGAGGAGGGCGUUGCCGCCGACCGCGACAUCGACUGCGCGGUCCUCCAGCGGCUGAAGCAGUUUUCGGCGACCAACAAGCUGCAGAAGAUGGCGCUCAAGGGCUAG